AUGUCUUCAAUCUACAACACCUCAAGCAGCUUCAAUUCAACCUCGUUCUACGUUAACAACAAAACCCUGGACAAAUCAUCCUUGACUCCUGCCUCCAGCAUGAAGAAGUUACUGAAAACUGUACGCAAAAUUAUUUUCAAUAGCAAAAAAUCAGGACCCUCACUACCACCUAACAGCGGCCUGAAAGUAACCAGUACACCAAUCCGUAAACCAGUUCCCUCUGUCAUCCUUGGUUGUAUGACAGAAGAGGAGCAUCACAACUGGCUCAAUGAACAAUUGGAGGAAUCCUUUGUUAGCCAGCAACAACUACAACAACAUGAAGAAUAA